CUCCACACUGCUUCAUCCAAAGGACACGAGGCUAUUGUGAGACUGCUUCUUGAUGAGGGCGCCAAGGUCAAUGUCCAGGGUGGACGCUUCGGCAAUGGCCUUCAGACUGCUAUAUGGCUUGGACACGAGGCUAUCGUGAGACUGCUUCUUGAUAAGGGCGCCGACGUCAACUUGCGGGGUGGGAAAUACGGCAACGCUCUUCAGGCUGCUUCGUCAAAAGGACACGAGGCUAUUGUGAGACUGCUUCUUGAGAAAGGGGCCUACAUCAACAUGCAAGGCGGAUACUACGGCAACGCUCUUCCAGCUGCUUCAUCAGAAGGAUAUGAGGCUAUCGUGAGACUGCUUCUUGACCAUGGUACCGAUAUCAACAUCCAGGGUGGAGUUUACGGCAACGCUCUUCAGGCUGCUUCGUCAAGAGGACACGAGGCUAUCGUGAAACUGCUUCUUCACAAGGGCGCCGACAUCAAUAUGCAAGGCGGAUACUACGGCAACGCUCCAAGCCAUACCUUCAGACUUAUGAACACGUGCUUGCGGAUACUAUACAAUUUGCCUAGACCCAAAGGAUAUGCAGCUUUGCUGUCGCUCUUCUUCGUUGGGGCGUCAUUGAUUGUCGCUGACUUCAUACACACGAACUGGUGGCGAGAGCUUCCCUUGCCCUGGCUGCAAUGA